AAACAUUCUCAACAUCACUGUCACUCUUCCAUCAAAAGGAUCACAAAGAACAAAAUUAUCCGCAAGUUUAACAAAUGAUGAUGGAUUACCAAGGAAGAUAGCGAAACGUAUUAUUACCUUUCAAACCUCGUAUACUUCGAUAUUCGUUUGA